CAUCAGAAAUGUCUCUUGUUAGUGGAUGGAUCGCGUCAGACUGGGAAGUGUGACUGCAGCUGGUGGCUUCGACUCCUACUCGCUGUCCUAUAGCUGCUUAAUACCGGUGUUAUAGUCGUCAAUAGGCUGAUUGAUUAGUGAUCGGAGACAGCGAGCGGCCGCCGUUGGACGAACGUUACGCAAUGACAGUGACAGAGUGACUCCUAGCAGCUAAAACUAGCUAGCAGCUAGCUUAGCGCGGUGAGCGAAGUCAAACUCCUCCGGCUGAGAAGCAAAGGGCUCGACGGAAGACAGAAGCAAGCGGCUCGUUUGGUUUCUCCUCCAGUUUUUUUUAGUCUUUUUUCUGUACUGGGAAUGGCUUUAGUCACGGCGUUAGGACGACUGGCUCACGUCCGGCUACGGGAAUACUCUCGGAGGACGGCGGCAGUAAGUUGGGGAGCUGUUCUGACGGGACGGAGGAAUCUGAGCACCGGUACCCAACCUCUGAGGUCUGAGAACAAGGUGACGGUUCACUUCAUCAACCGAGACGGAGAGAAGAUCACAGUCAAAGGGUCGCCUGGAGACUCUCUGCUGGAUAUCGUCAUUAACGAAGACCUCGACUUUGAUGGAUUUGGAGCAUGUGAGGGAACGCUGGCGUGCUCCACAUGCCAUCUGAUCUUCGAUGAGGAAGUGUACAAGAAGCUGGGGCCGGUCACAGAUGAGGAGAUGGACAUGCUAGACUUAGCAUACGGCCUCACCGACACAUCUCGUCUGGGUUGCCAGAUCUGUCUGACAAAGUCCCUGGAGGGCAUGGUGGCCAGAGUCCCGGAGAGCGUAGCCGACAUCCGACAAAGCAAAGACGGAUCAUCUUAACCGGGCGCCUGCAGCUGAGAGACGUGAACGUAGAGAGUCGGUGCGUCCGGUCGGAUGUUGAGGGGACGAUGUAGGUGUGAUUCUGUCGGCGCUGCUGUGCUCUGCCACAAAACUGUUUCUGACUAUUUUAUAUAGUAAAAAAAAAACUUCAGAGUCAUAGAAAACUAGAGACGGCUGUCAGUAACCAGGAAGCAAGAACACGGAGCUCUAGUGUGGAAUCAUAACAACGUAUUUAUGAGAUAUCAACUGCUGUCUAGUAAUAAUCUGCUCUGUUUAUUUUAAUCACUGUUUGGAAGAAUGUUGGGUUUUUUUGUCGCUGUGGGCGGCUCUUUUUUUUUAACCCUCAGACUACAGCUGUCGCUGCGCUGCCUCAGCUUGUGACUGUGCCUUCCAUUUUUGAAGAAAGUAUCUUUUCCGGUCACUUAAAUUUUACGCUUUUGAAUGUCAGAUUCUUCUCCUUAUGUGUAAGUCGAGUCAUUUCUAAGGAAAAGGCACACAACUGACUGAAAUGUUUGUGCACGGAUGCGACUAACAGUUCCGGGCGCCUGACAGAUUCUGUCGACCUCCGUUAUAUUCUGUUUGACUACAUAUGUAAACCCUACUGUUGUUGUUUUGAUCGAAUCCUUCAUGUAACCACAUCUCAUCGCGUGAUUGUACAUAGAGUACACAUAUAAGUGUGUAUAGAGUGAAAAUAAGUAAUAAAAAUUCACAUUUUUAAA